UUUAUAAAAGCUCAUUUUGCUUUUAUCCUUGAAUUGCCACGUUGUAGCAGAUACAGAUCAAAGUUAUCCAUGGACCUGCUCGUUCCGUGCAAUUCAUGCGUUUAUCUCUGCCGGCAACCGUCGCUGCAUCGGGAAAUGUCUUCUCCAAAGACUAGCAAUAUUCGAUUAAACUCCUUAAAAUGCUGUCGUGUUACGGCGUCUUCAGAGCUCCAUACUCCGGUCGGCGUGGCCGGUAAUUCUGUUAAUUACUCUCCCUCGAUUCCGACCCACAAAGUCACCGUUCACGAUAGACAACGCGGUGUCGUUCACGAAUUCGUCGUCCCCGAGGACCAGUACAUAUUGCAUACAGCAGAAGCUCAAAGCAUUUCUCUUCCUUUCGCUUGCAGGCACGGUUGUUGUACUAGUUGUGCUGUGCGUAUAAAAUCUGGACAAAUUAGACAGCCUGAAGCACUGGGGAUAUCUGCUGAACUGAAAUCAAAGGGGUAUGCACUUCUUUGUGUAGGUUUCCCCUCCUCUGAUGUUGAAGUAGAAACACAGGAUGAGGAUGAGGUAUAUUGGCUUCAAUUUGGAAGAUAUUUUGCCCGGGGACCAAUUGAAAGGGAUGACUAUGCAUUGGAGCUUGCUAUCGCUGAUGAAUGAGCCCCACAACAUGCCAAGUAGAUGUUGAGGAUUUUCUGAGAAAACCUUACAGAUUCUCUUUUCCAUCAUCCGUUUCUUUUUUGUUAUUUGAGAUUAGACUUCUUACUCUGUUUUGGCCUUCUAUUUAUAUGACAAACAUUCCUAAUUGUUUGUGGUUGGUUAGUUGUCUGCAUGUUGCUGAGGAAGAUCUCUCUGUGCUGAUAAUGUAUAUUUACCUUUGCCAGCUUAUCAAUGAUAUCAUUAUCACCAGGAA